AUGCUAGAUGUAGGGUUGAACAAUGGCAUUAUUGUCUCAAACUCACCCUCGAAGUCUGUGGCAUUUAUCGCAAAGGCAUGUUCCAAACUCAAUGGGUAUGGCACCGAUGAGUUCGGGACCGGUUAUCUUGACAAUGACGGUGAUGUUAGCAUCGCUCCAGGCUGUGGACUGGGCCACACAGCACCAUCAUCGGUCUCCCACUCAGGUUCAAAGCGUAAUUUUACACUCUACUUGAGUAUCAAGAAGCUAAGGAAGAUGAAACGCCGAAAAAUCAACAGGAUGAAUAAAGAUCUGGAACUUUUCAGAAGAGUGAAGGAAAGAAGAUUGCGAAACCCAAACAGAUUAAUCGACAUACGAAAGGUUAACUUUAUAAAUGAUAAGUGCAACCCUAGGCUUAUGAGGUUACCGGUAUCGCCAUUAGUGGACCUCAACGGUCUUGUCCCUUUCAAGACGGUACCAGAGAUGACUUCACAAAUACCAUUCAAUCCUGCACCUGUACUGCAUUCUAUAGGGUAUAAGUUUAAACCAAGAGAAAAGGGCAAAUAUGAACGAUUUUGUGAGCCAUAUCCUAUGGACGAGAUAUUGCAGGUUAUCGAUGCACGCAGUCUAGGUGCAAUUAGCAGGAUGUCGGGAACAUAUAAAAUUACUGGUGACGGAACACGCAUACCGACACCAAUGGACAGUAAACCUGUACCACCAGGUGCUAGUGUCGGUAAGGGCUACGGGUUCGGUCUUACAAAGAAACCUGAACCCAAAAGGAAACCUAUGCCCCUCUCGAAUUUUGAUGCAUUUGCUCCAGAUCCAGACUCACUAGUAGAUAGCCUUGAAGAAUUGGAAACAAUUAAAAAACAGGCAUCAUCAUAUGUAGACCGUAUGGCCGAGCCAACGGUGGUUAAAGGAAAUCGCGAUGGCAAGGCUACAGAAAGUGUAGGAGCAUGUGAGACCGAAAUUGCCGAAAUGGCAAAACAAGCUUCAAAAGGAAGAGAAUAUGAGUCGGUUCCAGCCGAUAGCCUGAAUGUUCCGUUCUUGGAUGACGCUUGUAACGAGGGAGAUAUAAUGCGAAACCCAAGGUACCUAGGUGAAUACCGUCAUAAAUAUUGGUACCAUCCUUUCUAUGGUAAUCCGACUAUGCCGGGAGAAGAAAGGAAAUUGGUGGAGGAGUACAACCGAGCUAAUCCCGAUAAACCACUGGUCUACGAGGAAUACAAGGUUGACCUUAUAUAUUGCCACUCUAAUGGCACUAUCGUCUAUUUAGGUGAAAACAAAGAGCCAUAUACCAAUGAAGCUGAAGAUUUCGUACUCGAGGGUGAAGAUCCUCGUGAGCCACGUUUCGUCAUACAGGCGUGCGCAGGGUUCAUCAAGGAGCAAGGACUGCAGUUGGGACAAACCCUACCAUGUGUCAAUAGAGAAAUGAGAGAGCGCUAUUUCGACAAUAUAUUCUUCAUACCGAAGAGUGUACGCAGCCAAUAUACCGUUCACCUACCAGAUGGUACACUUGUACAGUAG